AUGAAGAUGCUCUUCUUCUUCGUCCUGCUGGCCCUGUGCCUGCCUGUGCAGGGAUCGUGGCAGACCUGCGAGCAGAGCUCGGAGCCAGGCGCUGCUGGCUGCCCCAAGGCCGCCCACACUCACCCCAGCAGCCGAGCAUUCAGCAGGGUUUCUGGUUCCCACAGGACCUGUGGACUCCGGCCCUUGGAUUACUAUGGCUAUGGCUCAGCGCGUGUUGUUGGGGGCAGAGAUGCCCAGCCAGGAGCCUGGCCAUGGAUUGUGAGCGUGCAGAAGGUCCGCGAGACGCACAUCUCACACGUGUGUGGAGGGUCCAUCAUCCACCCCCAGUGGGUGCUGACGGCAGCCCACUGCUUCGUUGACGCCCAGAAUGUCCCAGCGUGGUGCGUGGUGGCCGGUACCACCUCCUUAACUGAUAUGGGCCCAGAGGCACAAGUGCGCUACGUCAGACAGAUCAUCAUUCAUGAAGACUACUAUAACACCACUCAGGCGAAUGACAUUGCCUUGAUGGAACUGUACGAGCCUUUCCGGUGCGGCCCCUACGUGCAGCUCGCCUGCGUGCCUGACUUCUCACUGCAACUCUGGCAGCUGAGAAACUGUUAUGUUAGCGGCUGGGGGGUCACCACGGCCAGAUCUGGAGGACUACCCCCAGCGCUGCAGGAGGCCAAGGUUCCCCUCAUUGACAUUCAAGUGUGCAACAGCAGCGGGUGGUACCGUGGGGACAUCCACCCCCACAACCUGUGUGCGGGCUAUCCGCAAGGCGGCAUCGACACCUGCCAGGGGGACAGUGGGGGUCCUCUGGUCUGCCAAGAUUCCUAUGCUGACCACUUCUGGCUGGUGGGAGUGACCAGCUUUGGAGCAGGCUGUGCCAGAGCCCAUCGUCCUGGGGUCUACACUUCCACACGGCACUUCCGUGACUGGAUCCUCACCCAGAUGAUGCGGCGCUCAGUUAAAGCAGCCACUGCAACGCAACGCUUCUGGAGCCACUUUCUCACCACCUCGAACCCUGUUGAGAUGCCCCAAACAACGGAGCCAAGUUAUUCCAGCUCCUGCCUGUAUCCACUCAACAAGCUGGUGGACUUCUUCACUCAGGUGCAGGAACUCCUGCAGGUCCUGAAAGGCGGAAGCACCUGAGAACAGGUGGAAGAGGAUGCAGGGCAGGCUGCAUGGGGCCACAACCAUGUCCUUCUGGGGUAAUGCCUGCUGCUCCAAAGGCAGCCUCAGGGGCCCAGACCUGCUUGAUCCUGCCCUCAUGCCUCAAAUUGCCCAUCCAUGCCUACGGCAGAUGGUUCUGUUUGCUUAGGAUUCUGUUGCUGGUCUAUUCUCUGUCUGAGAAUAAAGAGUUUUCGCAGCAAACUCUGCUUCAGCCUCCUUCUGUCUCCUGGGCCAGGCAAGGACUCCAGGCCUGGUCCCUGCACAAGGAAAGGAGGGCACAAAGGUAAAGACUCACUCCAAAGGGUGAACCCAUGCCUGGUGUGAGAGGAGGGAGAGAGUGCAGUGGAAGGGAAGAGCGGUCCCAGGGGCUGGAGGUCUU